AAUAGUAACUUAUCUGCACUGCACUAUGCAUCAUUUUUGGAAAUUUAUACAGCAGCCAGACGGUCCACUCAGCAUUCACUUCCCUGUUGGGCACGCGGUGAAGCACGUGAUCCUUUUAUGCGCUCUGAUCGGUUACUUCCGACUUAGAUGAUGAAGGUCAAACCCUAAUCUCUAUUAAUUAUAAUCCAAGCCAUAUGGACAUCGGAAAGUAGACGGGCUAUAUUAGUGCUCUGUUGUUUAGUACGUUAACAGGCGGGGAGAAAAAUCUAGCAAAAUAAACGUGGCUGUCCUGAACUGGAUUCAUUGUCCCAUUUCAUCGAAUGCAUGCCCGAUUGUACAGUUAAUGUGUCUAGUCUUGCCAGGAGAUCAAAUAAUCAAAAGACGAACUGUUAGCGGUGAUUCAGGAUGGCAGAAGCUCAUCAGGCUGUGGCCUUUCAGUUCACUGUCGGCCCUGAUGGCAUUGACCUCCAGCUCAGUCAUGAGGCUCUUCGGCAGGUCUACCUCUCCGGAAUUCACUCCUGGAAGAAGAAGUUUGUUCGCUUUAAGAAUGGGAUUUUGAAUGGGGUUUACCCAGGAAGCGCACCAGGGUUCGUGCUGGUGCUGGCGGGGUACUUGGGAAGAGCACAUUAUUUAAAAGUGGACCCUUCCUUGGGCCUGUUCGUCAAACUUGGCAAACUUGUCCCAGUCAGUAGGUACAUGUCUACACAAAAGCAGAUGUUAGUUGGAGGUGUCAUGGUGGGCACUGGUCUGUGGAUUGCCAUCAUAUACAGCAUGAGGACUGUCCUGAAGGGUCUGCUGUCCUGGCAUGGCUGGAUGUUUGCUCCCCGUGGCAAAAUUACCUGUCAAAUUCGGCUAUGGCUGGUCCUAGUGAAGAUUUUUUCUGGCAUGCAGACACCAAUGCUCUACAGCUUCCAGAACUCUCUCCCUAAUUUACCUGUGCCAUCUGUGAAGGAGACCAUGAGAAGUUAUCUUGAAUCAGUUCGGCCACUGCUGAGCAAUGAGGAACACCAAAGAAUGCAGAGCCUUGCACUUGAUUUUGAGAAGAACCUUGGACCUAAACUUCAGUGGUACCUCAAGCUGAAGUCUUGGUGGGCCACCAAUUAUGUCAGUGACUGGUGGGAAGAAUAUAUCUAUUUGAGAGGUCGUGGGCCAAUCAUGGUUAACAGCAACUAUUAUGUAAUGGACUUUCUUUACGCCUUUCCUACACAUCUGCAAGCAGCAAGAGCCGGCAACAUCAUUCAUGCGAUCAUGCUUUACAGGAUGAAUCUGGACCGGGCUCAAAUGAAACCGUUAAUGCUUCAAAACACCAUCCCUAUGUGCUCGUCCCAGUAUGAGCGCAUGUUCAACACCAGUCGCAUCCCAGGCAUAGAAACAGACACAGUUCAGCACAUGUCUGACAGCAGGCAUAUUGUGGUGUUUCACCGAGGCCGUUACUUUAAAGUGGGGAUGUUUUAUGAUGGGCGGUUACUUUUGCCACGGGAGAUAGAGCAGCAGAUGGAGAAGAUAGUGGCUGACGCGUCAGAGCCACAGCCUGGAGAGGAAACCCUCGCUGCCCUCACCGCAGGGGACAGAGUGCCUUGGGCGUGUGCCCGUAAUGCCUACCUCAGACACGGCAAGAACAAGAAGUCUCUGGAUGCUGUGGAGAAGGCCGCUUUCUUUGUUACACUGGAUGACACAGAGCAGCGCUAUGACCAAGCAAACCCUGUGGAGUCCCUUGACCGUUACGCUAAAUCGCUGCUCCAUGGGAAGUGUUAUGACAGGUGGUUUGAUAAGUCCAUAAACUUAAUUAUCUUCAAGAAUGGAACCAUUGGCCUUAAUGCAGAACAUAGCUGGGCUGAUGCUCCUGUUGUUGGCCACCUCUGGGAGCAAGUGCUCUCGAUGGACCCUGUUAAGUUGGGCUACACAGCAGAUGGCCACUGUAAAGGAGAACCUCACCAUAAUCUUCCUGGACCUCAAAGACUCCAGUGGAAUAUCCCAACUGAGUGCCAAACUAUGAUUGCCAACUCUUUGUCUGUGGCCAUGGCUUUGGCUGAUGAUGUGGACUCUCACAUCAUCCCCUUUAGUGACUUUGGGAAAGGCCUGAUCAAGAAGUGCAAGAUCAGUCCUGAUGCCUUCAUUCAGCUAGCAUUGCAGCUGGCCCAUUAUAGGGACAAAGGAAAGUUUUGCCUGACGUAUGAGGCGUCCAUGACACGUUUAUUCAGAGAAGGCCGUACAGAAACUGUGCGCUCCUGCACCAUGGAAUCCUGUGCUUUUGUCCGUGCCAUGAUCAACAACAAAACGAGAGAAGAGAAACUUCAUUUACUAACCCAGGCGGCUGAAAAACACCAGCAAAUGUAUAGGCUGGCAAUGACUGGUCAGGGCAUUGACCGCCAUCUCUUUUGCCUCUACGUAGUGUCUAAGUACCUUGGACAGGACUCCCCAUUCCUCAAGGAGGUGUUGUCAGAGCCUUGGAAACUCUCCACUAGUCAGACUCCUUUGCAGCAGGGGGAGCUGUUUGAUCUGGUGAAUAACCCAGAGUAUGUUACCAGUGGAGGAGGAUUUGGACCGGUUGCAGAUGAUGGUUAUGGUGUGGCCUAUGUUAUUAUCGGUGAAAAGCUCAUCAAUUUCCACAUCUCUUCCAAGCAUUCUAGUCCAGAAACGAUGCGCUCACUGAUACUCUUCAUUCUGUCAUUGUGCAUGUUCGCAUCCCCCGUAGCAGCGACGGAGACCCUUUGCGGUGCAGAACUAGUGGAUACUCUUCAGUUCGUAUGCGGAGAAGAUGGGUUUUAUAUCCGUAAACCGAACAGAUUAAAUGUCCGCCGUUCUCAGAGUGGAAUAGUGGAAGAAUGCUGCUUUCGGAGUUGCGAGCUGCGUCUCCUGCAGCAGUACUGUGCCAAACCUGUGAAGUCAGAGCGAGAUGUUUCCUCCAGCUCGCUGCAGGCCUUCCCAGCAUCGCAGGCUCUUCACAAGGACAUCUCAGAAGGGCCGCUUGGUGUGAAGUAUUCCAAAUAUGAAGUAUGGCAAAGAAAUGCUGCCCAGAGGUUAAGGAGAGGAGUCCCAUCCAUCCUGCUCGCCAGAAAGUUUAGGAGGCAAAUGGAAAAACUUCAAGAUGAGGAGCAAGCCCGUUUCCACCGGCCCCUCAUGACCCUCCCCGACAGACACCCUACAAUCCGCCCACAGAUCCAGAUCAACACGUCACACAAAUGAUGGCCAGCUUUCCCAAAUGGGAACAAACAAGGGAUUAUAGCCAAGUCUUGGUCAGUAGAGGCACUUUUUUCAUGAAUCAUACCACUCGCCCACAGUCUUUCUCAAAUCUAGAUUAUGAACACUCUGUGUGUUAUCAGCCUUCGAAACACUAGAAGUUAACAUUGAAAAUGAAUGUAAUGGGACAAGAGAGAAUGCAGUCUUGAUGAAUAUCAUGGGGAUGCACAAAACUGAUGCUGAGGAAGCUGCCAGAAUGCAAAUGUCAAAAGUCUGCCGUCUGCAAGAGCAUUUAUGGUUCUGUCUUGCUUGCAUCCUAUCUUAAAUGUCAUAUUUUAAGGAAUGAGUAUAUUGAGUUUAGAUUUCUUUACCUGCACCUUUAAAAUACCACACCUGUGGCAUAAAGACAGAAGAAAAGUAGGGAAAAUGUUGGCUGGCUGUGCAAAGCCAAGGACUGAUGUUAACAGCACUAUUUUUUAUGAACAUUGUGGUGCUAACUUGGACUCUAAAGGAGUUUGCGAAAGAGUUUUUCCGUUUUAGGAAAAAAGCAAAAAACAAGAUUGUAUUCAAAAGACAAUUCAGUAAGACUGGUUGUUUGGAGAUAAGCUCAACCAGGAAAAACUGUAUCUAUGCUUGGCUGUUCAAGAUCCAUAAUCUGUGCCCUGGAGAAUGAAGGUGAAGCCUUUUCUAUCAAACAAUAUAUCGUUGCAAUGGAAGGCAGAAAACAUUGCAAAAAUAUCAGUCUGAUAUCAUAUCUGAGGACAUCUGCAAUCAAGUCAUCUUGGACUUUGGGUGUCACAUAUUGUAUCCAUAACAUUACUGUUUCCAGUCUGAGUUUCUGCCUUUUUAUCUUUGCAAAUCCUGUUAUUUAGACAGCAUUUUACACAUAUACACAAAAGAAUCAAACAAUCUUUUUAAAGGGAAAGUAAGCAAUAACCUUUUGCAUAUUUUCAACAUACAAUCAUAGUAUUCCAUUGCUUUUGUUUUAAAAAAUACUUGAAUAUGUAUGAAUAGUCUCAUAAGAUGUUGACAGUGACCAUAGUAUAACCAGUGUUGCAAAUUGAGCCACCAAACAUUUCAUGUAAUAAAUGUAAUGGCACUGUAUCAAGGCAUUAUUUAUUUUGAUGAAACCCAUAAAAUUCAGUCCCAAUGAAAUAUUACAUGCACAACUGACAGUUUUUUCUUGUAUAUUAUCUAUUUUAGUUUUUCUGCUUAUGUAUGUAAAUGAUGUGUACCAAAAAAAAAGGUUGUCUCCUUUUUUAAGUAAAGUCAAUGGAAGCUUCUAAA